CAUAAAAUUCAAAAUAAAUAGCUUGAUUUUUAAUCUUUUUAAUAAAAAGAUUAAUAGCUCGCCAUUGAAAAUUAGAAAUUGAUAAUAUUCGCAGAUAUAAGAUAAUAUCAAAUAUAAUUAUUUUAUUAUGUGACAUCAAAUAGAGUGAAUUAAUAAUGUUACUUUUUUAAAAAGUGCAAACAUAUUUAUCAAGUGGACAACGUGCAACUAUGUUAAGGAAUAAUUAAAUGAUUAUAUAUAUACUAUCUUUGUUUGAUAGUAGUAAUGAAAAUUAACUUUUCUUGUUUCAUAAAUAAAAGUGAAGUGACCUGAGUGAUUUUUAAUCUUUAAAAUUAUUUGAGACAUUUAUAUCUAUGCCUAGUAUAAAGAAGAUCAAGUCACCUCAACAAAUAUGGGAAAAUAUUUCUUCUGUUUUUGUGGAAUUUGUUGAGAGGAUAUUUUUCACCCUUGGCAUAUUUGUUGCCAAACAUCCAUGGAGAACUAUAGUGGCAACAUGGGCCUUUGUCCUCCUGAGCUGCGGUGGAUUACUCAGAUUUCAUAUAGAAAAGAAUCCUAUGAAACUAUGGGUACCUCCAGAUUCAGAUUUCUUUUAUGAUACCAAUUGGUAUAUUAACAAAUUUGGUACAAAUUUUAGAUUACAGAAAUUAAUAAUAACAGCAGAAAAUGUCUUAGAUUCAAAUGUGAUAAAAUUAAUUUACAAUAUCUCAAAUCAUGUAAGCUCAUUGAAAGUUGAACAUCAAAAUGAAGUGUAUACUCUGAAUGAAUUGUGUUUUAAAGUACCUGUUGUUAAUUUUGCUAGUACAAAUUGGAAAUCUAGAUCUGAUGAAUCAAUGCUAGUUAAUAAUAGUAAGCAGUUACAAAAACGUGGUGUUGUCGAUGAAGACUUGUCUGAUCCAUCUCUUUGGAUUGAUGAUGAUUUUUAUUGUAGUUUUCUCGAAAGCUUCCCAUUAAUGUGCCUUCAAUAUAAUAUAAUAGAUAUGUGGAAAAGAAAUGCAACUCUUAUAAAUAAUGCUACAAAUGAUGAUAUAAUAACUAAAAUAAAUAAUCUUAGAGUAAAUCCGUCCACUGGCCAUCCUGUAGACUUUAAACAGUUUCUGGGUGGUAUAGUGCGUGAUGAGGCAGGUAAUGUAGUAUCAGCCAAAUCCAUUUUGUUAACUUGGUAUAUGUAUGUAAACAUGACACAAGUGGAUCUCAAUGAGGUAGGUAAUUUAGUUGGCACUGAAGACUGGGUAUCAAUUCCAUUAGCCCUAUGGGAAUUGGAAUAUUUGAAGUAUGUAAAAUCCUUAUCUUUUAAUGAUAGUAAUAUUAAAUUUUAUUAUGAAGCUGGUAGAAGUUUCGCAGAUACUAGUGGGGAAUCAAUGUUCCAAGAUAUGGAUAAAUUAUUUAUAGGUAUUGUAAUGAUGUUUUUUUAUGUUGUGAUGGCUGUCUCCCGUUUCAACUGGUUAGAGAUCAGAUUAACAUUAGGUAGUAUUGGUCUUUUAAAUGUUGGAAUGGCUUACAUUACUACUAUAGGUUGGUGUUCUUUGAUGGGUAUCCCUUUUGGGCCUGUUCAUUCUUCUUUACCUUUCCUACUAAUGGGUCUUGGUGUGGAUGAUAUGUUUGUUAUGAAUGCUUGUUGGAAAAUAGUCCUAACUGCAGAUGCACAGAAAAAUGUUCCCGUCAAGGUUGGCCAUAUGCUAAAACAUGCAGGAGUAUCCAUUGUGAUAACAUCAUUCACUGAUAUUGUUGCCUUAUUGAUUGGUGCCAUCACAAUUUUACCAUCAUUAAAGUCUUUUUGUAUCUAUGCUGCUGUCGGGGUGUUCUUCAUCUUUUGUUUUUCAGUCACGUUUUAUGUAGCAGUAUUCACCUUAGAUAUUAGGCGAGUUGAACAAAAACGAAAUGGUAUAUUAUUUUGUUACAAACAUAAAACUGAAAUUAGUUUACCAACAGAGAAGACAUUUUUUCAAAGAUUUUUAGAGAGUAUCUAUAGAAAUGUGGUAUUAACUACUCCGGGGAAAACUAUUAUAUUAUUAUUUACUUUAGGUAUGACUUGUUUUAGUGUAGUAUCAAUAUUGAAAUUAGAACAGAGAUUCGACCCAAAGUGGUUUAUUCCCGAUGGUACAUAUUACAAAGACUUUUUAAAUGUUCAUGAAUACUACUAUCCUGAUGAAGGACAACCAGCAACAGUUUUCUUGGGUGAUAUGGAUUAUAGUGUAGAAUUCGUAAAACUGUAUGAUAUGAUACAGGUAUUGAGGAACGAAUCAUAUGUAACAGACGUAAAUACGUGGGUAGAAACGUUUCAUGGAUACGUUUAUAAAAAUUAUGAUCGUGAUUUAAAAAAUUCUACUGCGGUGUCUAGUACACAAUUUAACAAGUAUUUAUCAAGAUUUCUUUUUAGUCCUGUCGGUGGAAGAUUUCAAAUAAAUUUCAAAUUUAAAGACCCGCUUACAUGUGGUCAUGUAUUUAAUAACAUAACAGCUUCAUCACUGGCAUUCAGAUUUAUUAGGUUUGAAGGUCCAGAGGAAUACAUACCUGCAAUGAAUCGAGUUAAAGAAAUUGUUAAGUCAACCAAUAUAACGACCGGAAGUGGUUAUCGUAGCGUCUGGGCAAAAGUAUUUGCAAAUUGGGUUACCGACGAGAUUAUUGGCGUUGAAGUUGAAAGGAAUAUCGAAUUAGCUCUAUUUUGUGUCAUGAUUUGCACAGUUAUUUUGAUUACGAAUCUUCAGAUGUGUUUGUGGAUUUUCGUUUGUGUUAUGUUAACAAUAGUUAAUGUUUUGGGGUGGAUGCAAAGGUGGGGUAUGACUGUUGAUAUUGUUUGCUGUAUUGGCCUUGAACUGGCUAUAGGUCUUUGUGUAGAUUACGCCGCACACGUUGGUCAUACGUUUUUAACGAUUUCUCAAGGUUCUCGUAAUGAAAGAGCUUUUAAAACAGUCACUUCUAUAGGCACUGCUGUUCUUUUGGGCGGAGGUUCAACUUUGCUAUCUUUAUCAUUAUUAAGUAUGUCCAAAGCCUACACUUUUCAGUCGUUUUUCAAAAUUUUCGUGCUUGUUAUAAUUUUUGGUCUUUCCAAUGGCUUGUUGUUUUUGCCGGUUGUUUUGUCUCUCAUUGGCCCCGCGGCCUAUAGACCUCAUGAUAAAAAAGAUAGAUCGCCAGAGGGUGUGGAAUUAAAUGGAAAGUUUACCGAUAAGGAAAAACAAAUUGAUGAGGAGUGAAGUGUCUAAUAUUGUAGAUACUUUUUUAAACUGUUUAAAAGCAUUAAUAAAAUACAUUAAUUAGCAUAUAUAAUGUAUUAUAGAUGUACUUUACGAAUCUUGGUUGUUAAUAUAAUGUUAUUUGAAAUGGAAUGAUAUUAAAAUAAUUAAACAGUUAGAAUUAGGUAAUUAUUGAAGAAAAAAGUCUUGCCUCGGCUUUAUAAUGUGUCAGCAAAUUAUUCUUGUUUUUAUGUAGAUACUUAUUUGGUAUUAAACAGCAUAAAAGUAUUUUAUUAUCAAAAUAAGUGCGCGUGCACU